GUUUUCAUGAUUGAAGUUUAACCUACAAAACUCGCAGAAUAUUGUUUGAUUUGCAGGAAAUGCAAGAAGAAAAACAAAUGAGACUGUACAUAUAAGUGUGAAUAAUAAUAAUAUGGAAGUACAACAAUAUCAAGAUUUCUGCAAGGGUUAUUUUGUCAGUAAUGUUUUUUGUUUGUUUAUACGAUAUGAAUUGAUAAUGAGGAACACUGUGUGCUCAAUUGAUUCGCAAAAAAAUGUAAUCUGUGGUGAGCAAUAGAAGGAAAAAUUUUUAUUACCAACUCGCUGAUAAUUUGAAAGACGCAUCGCAUGUCUAUGGAAAGUUAAUAUGAAAUUGUGUGUAUCAAAUAAGGAAAAUUAAUAGGCACAUAUGUAUAUCUUCACAAUGGAAUCGACAAUAUUAAUCAAAAGAAUCAUAUCAAUAAUAACCUAUUGGAUGCUAUUCAAUAUCCUGAUUAUUCUUUGUGAUCUAGAUAUCAAUACAAAUAAUGCAAAAACAAAUUAUAAUACACUCGGAUUAAACCACACAAAUGAAAUAUUUUCUACUCUACAAAAAGAGCCAUUUUUCGAGAAUAAUCAAAAUCUAAACGUAACUGUAUUAGAGAACGAAUCUAUCAUAUUAAAAUGUGCUGUAAGGUUCAAAGGAAAUAAAACAAUUUCAUGGAUACGAAAAUCUGACCUGCACAUUUUGACAUCAGAAAAUUUUGUAUUUUCUGGUGAUCAACGCUUUACUGUUUUACACGAAGAAAGCUCAAAUGAGUGGAACUUAAAAAUUGAUCAUGUAACUCUUAAUGACUCUGGGCAUUAUGAAUGCCAAUUGAAUACUCAACCGAAGAUAAAAACAUCAGUUCAUUUAGAAGUAACAGUUCCUGAAAUACUACAAGAGAGAAUGAUUGCAUCUGCAAACAGUUUUGAUGGAAAAGUGAAAUUUGCUAGAAUUCUAGGAUCAUCAGAAAUUCAUGUGAAGAUUGGUAGCACAAUUUCUUUAACGUGCAUGGUCAAUCAUCAGGUUCCAUCUAUUCAAUGGUACCACAACUCCCAUGCUAUAGAAUUUAACUCAAACAGGGGAGGUAUAAAUUUAGAAACAGAAAAAACUGCUGAUGGCACAACGAGUCGACUCUUGCUGACAAGAGCUCAGUUUCGAGAUAGUGGCAAUUACACUUGUGUUCCUCAUGGAGCAAUUCCAGCAUCUAGUCUAGUUCACGUACUCAAUGGCGAGCAUCCUGCUGCAAAAUACACUAGCGGUACUAUUUCUAUUUUCUUACCCACUAUCACAAUACCCUGUACCACCUUCCUGUUAAUCUAUCAUCAUUGUACAGCGGAGAAAAUUCUGAAAUCUUUUAGUCGAUUUAGAUGACUAUAAAAGUGUAUGUAGUGUAAAAAUGAAAUUGCUGUAUUGAAUAGCUUCAUAAUGAUACUGUCUGUUUCCUUUCUCUUUUCAUACUUUUAUUUUUAUUAACUAAGUUCUUUUUAUUCUAACUGUAAAUAAGACUGCUCAUUUAGAAACAUUUUUUGUUACUAAUGUCUUUUUUUAAUAAUAAUUUUUAUGUAAAAAACCAUUACCACGUUACAUGAAUAUACGAAAAUUACUUUUGUGAAGAAUACAACGAUUGACAAACAAGCGAC